AUGCAGAAUCGAUUGAAACAUCUAGAAAGCCUUGUCAAAGUUGCGAUGGCAAGUCAGCCAUCAAAUGGAAUUGAUACAUCUGCGAGUAAUCCGCAUACACCAGAGAUAGAUCCUAGUUCGCAGUGUCCAACCCCGACUGAAAUCCCGGGAACUUUCGUUGAAGCGCGCGGGUGCGCCCAAGACGGCGUUUCGAACGCUGCCGGCCAGGUGGUCCAAGGACCAAAUGAAACCACAUAUAUCGGGGCAACACACUGGGCUGCAAUGCUUGAUGAUAUUGAAGAAGUGAAAGGUUACUUCAACCAAGUCGUGGGGGAAACGUCGCAGCCUGACAACAGCGUGGGACCUGAUCUUUCUUUGGUCUUCAAACACGAUUCGCCCACUUCUAAGGAAAGCCUCUUGGCCACGCUACCCGAUAGCGCCAUCGUGAAUCGAUUUAUCCAUCGAUACUUUAACUCUAAUAGCCCUGCUCUCCAUAUCAUUCAUAAACCAGCAUUUCAAAGACACUACAGCAAAUUCUGGGCUGACCCCCAUGGCUCCCCGAUCAGUUGGCUCGCUUUGAUAUACUCGAUUAUGGCUGUGGCGACUUUUUCAGCCCUCGGAGCUGGCGAGGAAAUUAUGGACACUCGCGGAACCCCAGUGGAGAAGAUACGAGCUUACCGUGGAUAUUGUGCACAAUGCCUCAUGCUCACCAAUUACGCUCAGCCAGGACCAUAUACUCUCGAGGCCUUCCUUGUAUACAUUGAGGGGGAACUGCUUCUCAGCAAAGGCGAUCAAAUCAACUGUUAUUUAAUAGUCAGUGUGGCAAUUCGCCUGGCCAUUCGAAUGGGCCUCCAUCGAGAUCCCGACAAUGUGAAGGGUAACUUGACACCUUAUCGAGGCGAGAUGCGCCGCCGGAUCUGGCAUUUGCUAUUACAGAUGGAUUUGAUGGUCAGCUUUCAUCUUGGCUUACCAUCAAUGGUUCAAGCUAUCAAAAGCGACACUAGAGUCCCGCUCAACCUUCGAGACCAAGACUUCGAUGAAGAUACAAUUGAAUUGCCACCUUCCAGACUGGAGACUGAAAUGACAGGCAUGUCAUACACACUUGCCAAAGGUCGAAUAGCGCGGAUAUCUGGCAAAGUUGUCGAGCAGGCAAAUCUUCUGACUUCGCCUCACUAUGGCCAGGUCAUGGAGCUUGAUCGGGAGCUGCAGCAAGCCUUCACUGCUGUGCCGUCUUUUCUUCGCUUUGUACCAAUCGAGUUCUCAGUCACCGACUCCCCUCAACUUAUUAUUCAGAGACUCAGUCUGGCAGUACUGUUUCACAAAUCUCGAUGUGUCUUGCAUCGCAAAUAUCUGACCACGGAGAAAGAGAAUGCAGAGUUUUCAUUUUCCAGAAAAGCAGCGGUAGAUGCUUCCAUGAAGCUUCUCAUGAUCCAAUCCGAGGCCCACGACGCUGUUCAGCCUGGCGGCCCCUUGAGCAAGGACUUAUGGUUUAUUUCUUCAAUAUCGAUGCACGACCUUCUGCUCGCAGGCACGAUAGUAUACUUGAGCCUCAUUCAACAGAGCGACGGCAUCACUCUAAAGGUGGGCGAUCUGAGAGAGGCUACCACACAGCAGGCAGAGAUGAUCAUAGCUUUGGAAAGAUCAUAUAGGAUCUGGACAGAGACGAAAAGCAUGUCGGUUGAUACUAAGAAAGCCUACGAUGUGCUUGGCAACAUGGUGAAACGAGUCAAUUCAAUCUUCCGACAUCGCAGUGGAGACACGGUGGUCUCCACUGAGAAGAACGAUGCUGGAUAUACUCACGGUAGAGAAUCUCUUUUGAGACUCUCGUUGAAUGAGCCGAUGCCAUCAUUGGCCUCAUCAAUUGGUGUCACCGAUCUUCUUAUUGACGGACUGUACAACGAAUCAAAUAGCAAUCGUUCAGCAUCAGGUCUCACCAUGCAGUCUGAUAUUGAUGAAAUGAAUAUUCCCAUGGACUCUUUAAGGGCUAUAAUUGACACACCCACGAAUUUUGACUGGGUAUUUGAUGUUCUAGUUACGGGACACUUGACAAACCAAGCUAAUGAACCUAUUUAA